GUUUGGUGCUGUACGUACAAACAAAACAUCAAUGCCCAAUUAUGACUGGAUUCUACAGCCAAUAAUGGUACUGUUAUGUGCUGCAAUCUCGGAGUUUCUUCAAUAUCAGAGUGGAUAAAUAGUGGAGCAUGGGAAUAUUGAAGCUCUUUACAGUGGAGAAAUCAUUUGCAGUAGGCUUAAUCGUAGAUUAGUAGUGGAAUAGUCGUUGUUAUAUUGUGCGUAUAAUAGUGUCCUUGUCGGAAUAUACUCGCGGAUCUAUUCGUUAUUGGCACUACAAUUUCCUAGAGAAGACUCAUAAGUUAUUAAUACAGGCAUUGUUUUCCCUCGCGUUUUAUGGCUUUUGUCCCACAGGUCUGACCAAUUAUGUAGAUUCUCUGCGUUGUUUCGGAGAAAUUGCUCUAAACCUUGCGAGCUAGAUUAUUUCAAAUUGUCUUCAUAUGGAGUAAUAUUGUAGAGUGUAGAGAAAGUGCACUUAUGUGUUAAGCAUGCUUGGAUAAUUACGUGGAAUUACGUGAAAGACAUCAGCAUUAUGUCUCGUUUUCCGUUGAGGCCGGAUAUGUGGCUGACCGGAUGUCUGGCGACCCUGCUGCUAGUGCUGGCGGCCUUCGUGGUUAGUGGCGAUCUGGCCCCGGAUGGCCGACCCACCAUUAGUGUCCCGCAGGUGUUGCAAUGGUCAAGGACACUAAGCAUACAGCUCAAACGGCUUACAGAGGGUUCAACAGCCUUCAACAACAUCAAACAGCUAUAUCAUCGCCAUUCAAAGUUGGAGGUAUCCGGCGGAAAAAUCAUCGACGAAAUUGCUCAGGACAUCGAACAGUUGCUCAAUCAUAAGGCAGAAGCCGUAUGGGAUCUGGUUAAUGAAGCAGAGGGUAUAUACGAAAACUACACCGCCGAUGAUGAUCUUAAUUACGAAUACAUGAACGCCAAGAGUGUGCGGAGCGAGGAAGAGGUCCAUGUAAUGUCGGACAGUGAGCACAUGGGGGUGUCGGAGAUGGUUCUGGAAGCCCCUACUCUCCCACUCAGUCCCGACUCCAGGUUCAAUAACAUGCUCGUGAACCACGAGAAUAGCACAGUCCACGUGCCUACGAACGUCUAUGACAAAUUUCCACGGAUCGUUAACGGCGCUUACUGGACAAGCAGGCUGGAUACAACCUUUAGGGGGAACUUGCAGCGCAUCCCGACCAUUAAAUGGCAAUACUUCUGUAGCUCAGAUGGCUUCUUCCGGGUGUUCCCAGGAAUGAAAUGGCCUCGGAACAACGAGGCAAGUGGUAUCGAUCUAUAUGAUUGCCGCGUACGAACGUGGUACCUUCAAGCAGCCACCUGUCCUAAGAACGUGGUCAUCCUGUUGGACGCCAGCGGUAGCAUGAAAGGUCAGCGCAUGAUCAUCGCCAGCAGCACCGUGAAACACAUGCUUAACACGCUGGACGACGAUGACUACUUUAACAUUAUCCGGUUCUCCGACAAAGUGGAAUAUGUGGACCCUUGCUUUAACGGCACCAUGAUGCAGGCCAAUGUACGAAACAAGCGGAAAUUACAGCAACUCGUGGACGAAAACACUGACACGGGAGAGAAGGCAAACUUCGGGAUCGCCUUUGAGGAGGCAUUCCGACUUCUCAAUCAAGAGCGCUAUGAACGCGGUGGUCGGCCGCUGUGCAACAAGGCAAUCCUUCUCAUCACGGACGGCGUGCCAGAACAUUACGCCCAUGUCUUCCAGGAGAACAACUGGCCUCACAAAUCGACGCGGGUGUUUACAUUCCUAAUUGGACGAGAGGUUGGUGACGUCAGGGAGAUUCGCUGGAUGGCCUGUGCAAACAAGGGUUACUUUUCACACAUUUCCACGCUGGCAGAUGUUCAGGAAAACGUACAGAAUUACAUCCGCGUGCUGAGUAGACCCAUGGUGAUCAACCGUUACCACAACCGCAUCUGGACAUCCGUCUACCUGGACCACAUGUCUGCUCUUAAUCGGAAGGAGGGCCUUCAGUUCAUGACGUCCGUAUCGAUCCCAGUGCUGGACAUGAAGAAUACUACACUUGGAGAGGGUCACCUUCUUGGAGUGAUGGGAACGGACAUUCCGAUCGCCUCCUUGAAAGACCUUGCUCCAACAUACAAGCUAGGGGCAAACGGAUACGCCUUCGUUAUCAACAAUAACGGCUACGUUUUGCUACACCCUGACUUUAGGCCGUACCGAAAGAGUCCCAAAACGAAACAAACGUUCCUUAACCCACUAUACCAGAAUCUUGACAUACUAGAAGUGGCGAACGCCGACAACAAACAGCAGUUCAGAGACAUUGUAGUGGAGAUGUUGUCCACGAAAGGUGGAAGCAGUGAUGAAGUGUAUAUGUGGACUUUCUAUGACAACAUGAAACGUAUGGUAAAGAGGAACUACCAAGUUUACUACAGAAAGAUCGCAAAUACAAACUUCAGCAUCGGUGUUGCUCUGCCUCCAACCAGCCUCCUUAACCUGACUCUUGGUGCCAUCUCUCCGAAUGCCAUCCUGAAUGAAUUGACAGCUUGCUUUAAUGAAAACAACGUUGAGAUCGCUCCAUGGCGUUAUUGUAGAGACCUUGAUCCCAAACUGCAAGGCAAAGAAAGAGAACAAGCCUUGCUUAAGCUCAUUGAAAAAGAUAUUAAUCUAUGUGAGAUACAGCUCCUGCGCGACCUGAUCUAUGACUAUCGAAACCUGAGAAACAUAAGUCUAUUAUGGGGUCAGCAAGGAGUCUCCUUUCCACGAACGAGCGGUGUCCGUCUUGUAUUCAUUGGAACGAAGAACGGUAUGACCAAAUACGUAUCCAACUCACCAGGUGCCCCUGGUUUCAUUCUAAACAACACGGAUACCCUGGAGGCAGUGUAUUACCGGCGAGCCAUCGAGGGGGUGGAGCGUAUGGAUAAACAGCCGCAGUACAACUUUACAUACUCUGUCCCUAUUGGCAAAGUAUUCAACGCAUCGUUAACAAGGGUCACUGUAGCCGUCCCAAUAACACGGGAGGAACAGCAUCUCGUCAACAAGUUUAUUGUCGCUGGGGUUGUUGGUAUGCAGAUGACGUAUGAGCUGUUUUAUGACGUAAUGAAUAGAUCGACGUCGAGAAGUGCCUCCUCUAGAUUCUGUCCUCCAGGCGCAUUGGACUGCGACAUUGUGGCCUGUUGGAGUGGAAAAUUGAAGUGUUAUCUAGUUGAUAACCAUGGUUACGUCGUCGCCUCAAAGUCGCCCCGUGGAGAGGUUGGAAAGUUUUUUGGUGACGUUGAAAACGGCGUCAUGGCAGGCCUGGUUACGCAAGGCGUGUUUUACGGGCACAAUUUUACAGAUUACCAAGCUAUAUGUGAUAUUACGGCGUUUGAGACGGAAUCCAGCGCCGCAUCUUUAUUGCUCAAUCCUCUUAAAGCCUUAGUGCACACAAUCUCGUGGUUCGUUGUCGAGAUUGUCAUCAUGUUUGCGGAGUUCAGUGUUAGCAACUUCUUCAGUUCUGUACACUCACAGCUAGAGGAAAUGGACUAUGGAGAGUUUGAACAUAAUUGUUCAACCUUCCAGGCUGACUACGAUUACGAUACUCUUCGAGGGGGCGAAAAAAUCAUAUACAAUCAGCAACUUAAGCGGCUCUGUGAGCAUGGUAACACCAUGGAACAGGUGGUUGGCUUUCGGCCAUGUCAUAAAACGUUUACUCUUUACAAGGCCAACUUGGUGGCCUUCUGGUACAGACGGAGCAAGGCGGUGUCUGGAAAUGUCUCCGGCUGCUCAUUCCAUGAGGUUGGGAACUGUGACUAUGAUCCAAUGAAUCCUCCUAAUCCAGAUGAGGAAGGAUGCACCAUGGUUACAAAAGAGUGCCUAACGAAUUGGGUGGCGUCACAUGUAGAGGAUACAAAUAUGGUGCUGGUCGUUGUCGACGCCACAUGUAAUAAGUGCCAAGACAGCGACACUCCUGACUACGACUUCCGACUCGCCCACAGGGAAAUUACUUAUGGCGAGGAGGAAGUGUGUUCCGAGCGGCGGCGUCGAGGGGCUCACCUUCCACACCGCGCACACACGUGCACGGAUACCAGUUCAGAGGAGGACCGGUUAAACUGCCGGGGCUGUUUCAUAGUUCCAAGUGGACAUCUUUUGGUCACCAUCGUUUUGUUGUCCGCCUGGCUCCAACCGCUCUAGUCCAGCCUGCAGAUGAUAACUAAUUUUAUGAUAACGCUACUGCCUUGCACUUAUUAUGCAAAAAACCUCUUGUUAUAUAUAUCAAGGCCUUUUUCACACCUUUUCUGUCAGGAGCUGUACUCCGAAUCGAAAUGUACUUAUCUUUGCUAUAAGUAAAAGUCGAACAAGUUACAUGUACAAUGGAUGUUUAUCUCAUUUUAAGUUUUAUAUUAUAUUAUAUUUAUUGAUAUAUUCAAGUUGUUUCGAUUUUUGUUUAACUAUAUGUAAAAUAACAAAAUUUUAAAAUCUUUAAAUUGUUGCUUUUUUAAUUAUUAAAGUAUAGCAGGUUUUUUCGCAUUUCUUUUUGAAUCGAUCAGGUGGCUUUUUAGGAUGAUGUGAAAUAUAUUCACCAACAGCUGUUAAUGUUUGAAUAAUGAUGUCGUGAAUUUCUAUCUUCGUGGAAUUGGCAAAAUCAAAUUUUGAAAAUAGUGGACCUGUACAGUGCUUAUUUGAAGCAGACUGUGGUGCCAAAGGUACUCAUGAUCAAAAUCAGGACUAUUUUCGUCAGAAACUAUGACUUAAGUUUUGCUAUUUAAUAGGUUGUAAUACCUAGUGUGAUGAUAGGGGCGCUCCCAUAUAUCGUAAAACCCUGGGGUGUUUCUUUAUAUCGUUAAACCCCGUAUAAUGUAAGGUGUGUUCCUACAUUUAGUUAAACCCCUUAUUAUAUAAGGGUCGCUUCUUGAAAUCGUAUAUCUCCUUAAAAUUUAAGGAGAACCCCUUAGUAACGUAAAACCCUUUAUAAUGUAAGAGGUGCUGCCUUUAUCGGAAAUCUCCUUAUAUUGUAUGGGGCGUUCUUUCAUACAUUUGCUCAAUAAUAUGUAUAUAUUUGAAGGUAUUUUGCAAAUGUAUAUCCUUAAUUUAUUAUUAUGAAAACUAGACAAUAUUUUGUCUGUUUUUUCACAAAGUAAAUAACGUUUUUCAUAAAUCGCUCUUCUUUUUGUUUAAAAUAUUUCUGCGUACCAUUUAUUUAGUUGUCAUUAAAACUUUUGAAAAUGUUUGUUUUUUUAAAUUAUAUUAAUGAGAAACAUCAUGGUUUGUUUCUAGUAUUCUAAGGUUAUCGAUCCAUCAUUAAUAAAAAAAAACUCGUACUGGUAUCAGUUUCAUUUUAAACUAAGAAUAUGUAAAAUUUGAAUAUUUAAAAAAAAACAAGAACUUUUUUUUAAAUAGAUAAUUUGAUACUAAACAGAAUCAAAUGAAUUAUGUUUAUUACCUCCAUUUAAUAUAUUAUAUCUAAAAGUAGCCUUAUUAAGGUAUGAUUCAAAAAUGUAGUUCAUGCACAAAAAUGGUUUAUCAAUAUAAAUUAAACAUAGAAAUAAUCUGUAUGUGAAAGGCGCACAUUAUAGGUUGAUUUUGUUUUGAAUGCUUUAUCGUGUUUUACUCAUUUUACUUAAAUCAUCGAAGCAAGAUCAGUGUAUGAUUUAGAUACAGAUAUAAAAUGAGUAAUUUCUCGGCUCUUUUUAAUUGCAAAAGGCUUGUCUGUAUCUUUUGAAUAAACUUUCUUCCUAUGAUUAAAUAAAUAAUUUGCGAUAUCUAUACUUUUUCUGUAUCUAUAUUUGUCACUGUUUUAUCUGUAUCUAAUAAUAUGCAUUUAUUAUCAUAAAAGUCCAAUCAGUUAAACAUGAUAAUGCAUCAAAAUCAUCAACCUGUAUGUUAUAAAUGCCAAAAUAAUAAAAAGUUUAAUCAUUAUAAUAUUGCAUAGAACUAAUCUGGACGUUAAUAUCGUAAUGAUGGAUGGCUGACCUUAGGUCACAUUUGUUCACUUUUUGAUAUCUUGUAUCUAACUUGUAUAUGUUUGCUCACGCAUGUUGAUAUUCAAUAAACGUUAUUUUCCUA